AAAAUAAGGUAGGAAAGGUAGUGAUGUUGUGAUAAAGCAUGGAGAGUGACUCGAGCAAGUUCUUGAAGGAAUUGCCGGUGCCAGAGAGAUUCGAAGAGAAACAGAUACGAAUACAGAACUUCGUUGAACGACAACACUCGUUAAGAAACAAAGUCGUACUUGUUACGUCUGGAGGUACCAUUGUUCCAUUAGAAAGCCGAACUGUACGUUUUAUUGACAACUUCAGCCAGGGGACCCGUGGAUCAGCAUCAGCUGAAUAUUUUCUCAAUAGUGGUUAUGCAGUGAUAUUCUUACACCGAAACGGUUCUCUUGAGCCAUAUUCUCGCAAUUUUUCACGGAAAAAUCUACUUGAUUUUCUUGAAUUCCGUGAAGAUGGCCAGGAACAGUCACUUGCAGUGCAAGGCAAGUAUGAGGAGAAAAUUAGCAAGAUUUUACGCAUCUAUCAAAAGGUAACACAUUCUGAAAUGUUACUAUCAGUAGAUUUUACAACAUUGAGUGAGUAUUUGUAUUUACUCCGCAUAGCAGCUCUGGCAUUAAAAACUCUCCAGCUCGAUGCCAUGCUCUAUCUUGCAGCAGCCGUGUCUGACUUCUAUAUUCCCAAAGAUCAAAUGCCAGAACACAAAAUCCAGUCCUCAAAUGGCUCUCUACAAUUAUCUCUUCAAUUGGUUCCUAAAUUAUUGGAACCACUUGUCAAAGACUGGGCACCAGAUGCUUUUAUAAUUUCUUUUAAGUUAGAAACUAACAGAAGUUUGCUGAUAUCGAAAUCAAAAGCAGCUCUAGAAAAAUAUCAACACCAGUUAGUCAUUGCCAACCUUCUUGAGACAAGGAAAGAAGAGGUAAUUCUGGUUACCAAAGACUCCUCAAAACCAAUCUUGCUGUCUGCCGAAUGUCUUUCACAAGGAGUUGAAAUAGAAGAGCUCAUUAUCAAAGAGUUGAUAACCAUACAUAACCACAUGUUAAACCAAAAAUAAUCCUUUAUAGGGAUGAGGGAGCGGGAUUGGUUCGUCUGCAAUCUGUUCUUCAACAUUCUGCUACAUUUCAUUAGUUUGAAGAAUGAAGUUUUGUAGAAACUGUGAUUUUGUAAUUCUGCUGUAAAUUUUAUUUUUCAAGUAGAAUCUUAUUACCAUGCAUAUGUAUAAUUUUUGCAUGCUAGAUCCGAAUGACUGACUUGUGGAAGUGACUGAGAUAAAGAAGCUAAAAGUAGUGUUAGUGUUGGCAGUGAUGCCAGUAAAGAAUUUGAUGUAUCAGAGCAUAAGGAAUUACCAAGGGCUAGACUUUGUUGUCAGGUUUUCUUUGGUAUUAUUUUCUUUGUGUGUAUGUGUGUUUGUAUGUAUGCAUGUUGAUAAGUGUUUACAGGAAUUGAUGCUUGCAUAUAAAAACGUUGCACACAAAUAGACUGUUCAAUGCCUUGUUGAAAUACAAGAAAAAUUUAAGUUUGCCUCUGGGAAAGGUUGGCUGGGGUCUACAGUUUUAAAGGUGGACAUAGGCAUAGAUUAGGGUAUUAGUUUGUAGUUUGAUGUUCUAAAAACUUCAUUAACAACAGGGUCUUAACUGUGUGUAGAAGAAAAAAGUGAGCACAUGUAGUCUGUAAUAAUGAGUGAUGACAAUGAUGGCUCUCCUGUACCUGGAGGUCUUCCGACUAGUAUCUCCCAUCAAGGACUCCCAUAGACCCAGGUUCAUUGAUCAGAGCAGAAAGAAAUAAUAAUAAUAAUAUUCAGGGACCUUUUGAGCAGGAUGGGCUGCUCAACCUGAAGGAAAUUCUAACAGGGCUCCAUUUUCAAGGUCAUACACUGUUUAUCUUGAUAUGAAAUCACC